ACAUAUACACACCAACAAUAAUUUCCAUAUCUUCAACCUAACGGAUUGUCGUCCACCUUUCAUUCCUUUUUUUUCCUACUCCAUUUUUAAACCAUCCCACAUUCUUUCUUUCUUUCUAUUCUAUUCAUUCAAAUUCAAAUUCAACGGAGUUAAAAGAUGGCGGAUUCAGAAGAUAUUCAGCCCCUUGUUUGCGACAAUGGAACUGGAAUGGUCAAGGCUGGUUUCGCUGGGGAUGAUGCUCCAAGAGCCGUUUUCCCGAGUAUCGUUGGGCGCCCACGUCACACUGGAGUUAUGGUGGGCAUGGGCCAGAAAGAUGCGUAUGUCGGGGACGAGGCCCAGUCGAAAAGAGGUAUCCUUACUUUGAAAUACCCGAUUGAGCACGGUAUUGUGAACAACUGGGAUGACAUGGAGAAGAUUUGGCAUCACACGUUCUACAAUGAGCUUCGUGUAGCUCCGGAAGAACAUCCUGUUCUUCUAACUGAAGCGCCACUUAAUCCGAAAGCUAAUCGUGAAAAGAUGACUCAAAUCAUGUUUGAGACGUUUAAUGCUCCCGCUAUGUAUGUUGCUAUUCAAGCAGUUCUUUCACUCUAUGCCAGUGGUCGUACAACUGGUAUUGUGCUGGAUUCUGGAGAUGGUGUGAGUCAUACGGUUCCAAUCUACGAAGGUUACGCACUCCCGCAUGCCAUCUUGCGUCUGGACCUUGCAGGUCGUGAUCUGACCGAUGCAUUAAUGAAAAUUCUUACCGAACGAGGUUACUCAUUCACCACAAGUGCUGAACGGGAAAUCGUGAGAGACAUGAAAGAAAAGUUAGCUUAUAUCGCCCUCGAUUACGAGCAAGAACUAGAAACUUCUAAGACCAGCUCUGCAGUCGAAAAGAGCUACGAGUUACCCGAUGGGCAGGUGAUCACGAUCGGUGCUGAACGGUUCAGAUGUCCCGAAGUUCUAUUCCAGCCAUCUAUGAUCGGAAUGGAAGCUGCUGGUAUUCACGAAACGACGUAUAAUUCUAUAAUGAAGUGUGACGUGGAUAUUAGGAAGGAUUUAUAUGGAAACAUUGUGCUUAGUGGCGGUACAACUAUGUUCCCGGGCAUUGCUGAUAGAAUGAGCAAGGAAAUUACCGCUUUAGCCCCGAGCAGCAUGAAGAUUAAGGUCGUGGCGCCACCUGAAAGGAAAUAUAGUGUCUGGAUCGGAGGGUCGAUUUUGGCAUCACUUAGCACUUUCCAGCAGAUGUGGAUCGCGAAGGCUGAAUACGAUGAAUCUGGACCGUCGAUUGUGCACAGGAAAUGUUUCUAAUCAUGGGAAAAGAAGUAAAAAAACAAGAAUGGGUAGCAUUUAGGAGAAGGAGCAUGAAGAAUAAUUUCACAAAUCUUUGGAAUAGUUAACUAGUUUUUGGUGAGCAAAACGUGUCUAUCAACAUGUUUUUUUUUUUGUUUAAAUAAUGUACCAAUGCUGUAAGGAUUUGUUUCUGUGAAUGAAUUACUUGUAGCAGUGUUGGUUUACAGUA